AUGGGGGCGCAGGAGGAUGACAAGUCCAGUAUUAUCGACGACCCCAAUUCAACAACGAACGGAGUUGGCGCUGGAGGAGCCACCGAUUUACCGGCUAUUCAAAUUUUAACGCUCUUGGAAAAAGCUAAAUUUUAUACUUCGCUGUUUCUCGGUACAAUGGCAAUACUCGCGGUUUUUGGGUUCCUUUUUUUAAUACCUUUUGUCGUAGAACCCGCCAUCACCACGAUACUUGCCGAUUUUUCACCUCAUCCUGUUGCCUGUGUCGUUAGCGAACAUGUUUAUGCUGAAGGACUUAAAAAUUGCUCCUGGGCUAGUUGCAGAGAAGGUUGCACAAGCGCAGCGACGAGGUGUCACCAAUUACGAGUUAAUUACUCCCGAAUGUCUUAUGACGAAUUUAUAACCAAGCCACUGGGUUCCGUAGCGUGGGAUGUUACUGACACGAAAUAUUCAUGGAAUCAAAACCUGAGGCACUUGGUACUAGCGAUAGUGAUACCGAUAUUAAUAUUCGUAAUAUCCUUGGCUGUGUUAUUUUAUUGGCAUUGCACACCAAUGAAGAGCUGCGGAGGACCAGGUCGCAAUUUGAUCGAUAAAUAUUCGAGAAAAGAGGACGGAAGACGAAUUCGAGGAAGACGAAGAGGAGUACUGAUUGUUACCGAGGGCUCACCCCCCAGCGCGGGAGUGACCCAAAGUGAUAACAGCAAUAAAAGUAACGAUAAUAAUAAAAACAACAAAUACCAAAUUAAUAAUAGUACUUUCAAAAGAAGCCAAUCAAAUUUGUUUAAAAUUAAUUUAUCUAAUUGGCCAAUAAUUGCUAAUUAUCAAGCAAUUAAAGUUUAG